AAAAAAUGGAUAAUUCAUCAAAAGUAUUGAGUCAUAAUCUUAAAAAUCGUCUAUAUAAUUUUAAUGAAAAUCGAAUACAAUCUAUAUUCAAUAAAAAAAAUUAAUAAUGAUAAAUCAUCAUUUAUUAAUUCGAAUCAAAAUAAUGAUUCUGUUGUUGAUUAUGAUGAUGAUCAACGCCACUAUGAAUUGAUUCGUCGUCCACCUGAUUAUAUGGCAAUGAUGACCAAUAAUGAUGGUUCGAAUUUUAACCUUCAACAACAACAACAACGACCACCACUUUAUGGUGAUGAGCAACAAAAUCAAAUGAUGAUUACAUUACAACCACAAGAAUUGGCAAUGAUGAACUCGAAUUAUCAACAGCCAUCUAUGAUGAUUAUGGAUAAUCAUAUUCAAAAUGAUAAUAAUAAUCAUCAUUAUGGAUCGAAAAAGACAUUAAUUGGAUCAGAAUUAUCAUUGGAUAAAAAUGGCAGAAAAAAGAAGUCCAUUUUUAUUCGAUUAUUAUGGCCAAUAUUUGCCAUUUUCGGAUUAAUUACAUUAUUGAUUAGUCAAUCAAUUUUACUUUCAUCUGAAAGUGUUGUAUUGGAUGGUUUCGCUAAACAAUUGGAUGUAAAUGAUGCUAGUGCUAUUUUGCCAGCAUGGAAAAAUAUUGCCCUAGAUUCGGAAUAUUAUAUGUUUGGUAUUAAAAAUCCUGAUGAAUUCCUACGUGGAUCAAAACCUGAAUUUGUCGAGAUUGGCCCAUUUAAAUAUCGUGAAUUUCGUAGGCGUAAAAUUUUGGAAUAUAAACAGGAUAAAGUUGUAUUCACUGAACGUACACAUUUUCAAUUCAAAGAACAUGAAUCUCGAUCAAUGAUGGAAACGAUCACUGUCGUGAACACUCCAUUAUUGGCGAUAUUAUAUGGAGUGAAAGCAACGAUUAAAAAAAUGUCACUAAACUUUCUUGAUCCAAUCGUAAAGAAUAUAAUGGCCAGUAUUUUAGCUGCAACCGGUGAACAAAUAAUUGAAAGACGAACUAUUUAUGAAUUGUUGGAAGGACGACAAAUAAAUUUGUUAAUACUCACAGAGAAAUUAUCUAAACCAUUGCGUUCGAUUGGCCUGGCAAUCCCAGAUCUGGGUGAAUUAUCCGAAGGUUCGGGUAAUAAAAUCCGUAAUCAAACAUUUGGAUUUAUUUGGCAACGUGCCGAUAUUGAUGUUGGUCCAUACGAGUAUUGGAGACGUACAGAAAAUGGUCAUAUAUUUAGCCAUGUAUAUAUGAUUGAAGGAAGAACAUUAUUUCCUGAAUUUCGUAGUCCAUGUAAUGCAAUUCGUGGUUCAGAUGGUAUGCAUUUUGGAACAAAAAUUCAACGAGAUAUUAUUGAAGUAUUUAAUCCGCAAACAUGUCGUCCAUUACGAUUUUUACGUAAUCAAAGUAAUUCGUAUGUUUCUGGUAUAGAAACCAUACGUUAUGAUCUAGAUUUACAUCAAAUUGAUAUGCGUAUAAAAAAUAAUCGUUGUUUUUGUUUACAAACAUCAUUGGCUAAAUGUGAUGGUUGGCAAGAUUUAUCACCAUGUACAAGUGGUAUACCAUUAGCUAUUUCAUGGCCACAUUUUCUUGAUUGUCCAACAAGAGCUACUCAAGUAUUAGGCCUAAAACCGGAUCGUCAACGUCAUUCAUCUCAUCUAAAUAUUGAACCAAAUACUGGUCUUACGUUAGAGGCAAAAGUUAGCAUACAAUUAGGUAUAAAAAUUGAUUCAACAAUACCCGGUUUUAGUUCUGUUUCACAUAUGAUUCUUCCAAUUUUUUGGACAACUCAGUCUGGUGGUCCAAACGAAACAGAAAUGAUGCAAUUCAAAGCAUUAGUAUUUCUUAUACAUUUUGGAAAUAUAAUUUUCGGCACUAUCGCUUUGGCCAUAUCGAUCAUGUUGUUUUUCUGUUCUUGUUAUAGCUAUAAACGACAACAUAAAAUUAAACCAAUUUUGUAAAUUUUUGUCUA